AUGGAAGGCUACGAGAUUGUCAAGGAUCCGAACCUCAUCAAGAAAGCGGCAGCAUCGGCUUAUGGCCGCUCAUUCCGCACAGGCGGCCGCUUGGAGGAUGCGCUCCAGCACCUCCAGCAGCACCCCAACGAUGUCUGCAUGGUUCGCCUGGAUGUCGACAGCGGCGCUGACAGAAAGGUGGUUCUCUUGGGUGGCCCCAUCCCCUCGCGGACGCUCUUGGACGUUUCGGACCACGAUUUCUCUAGCGUGGCGGAUUCCUUUGAUGUGGGAGAAAUGACCAGUCUGGUGGAACAGUGGUUUAAGAAAGAUUUUGGCAAGACAGUGACUGUCAAGAUUUUGGAGAGUGGUGACAUGAUUCAUGGCUUGGGUAAAAACUCCAAGCUUAUCAGUUUAUCGCGCAAGACGCCUGCACUUUUAGAUAUGGCUGCGACCGAGGACACCACGGUGAUUGGUCAAUACAGUACGAAAACUCUCGGACACACCGGAGAUUGCAAUUCUGUCAUUGGUGGUGUCGCUUGCCUCCAUCACGAAGUGCCCAUCAAGCCAUCCACUGCUCCCGAAGGAACUCGGUUUUAUUUCUUGGUCGGAUACUCCUGCAAGCCACUCAAGGCUUGGCGCGAUUCUCGGGUCUUUUGGAUCGUAUAUGAUCCCGACCAGGAGAUGUGCUGGUUGGUCCCACACGAUUUGUCACAUGCCGCCGUCGGAGACACCGUCAGUGCGACAAUGCCGCUGGUUUCUCACAUAUCGAGCCGGCCCAGCGACCAGACUAUUAGUGUGACCCAUCUAGCCACGCCCGUUCAGGCGUCUCUGGCUGCGGCGUCGCCCUUGCAAAAUCAUCUUCGGGCGCAUCAGGAGUAUCUUCAAAAAUGCCUGACAACCGCCAAAAAUGUGAAAUGGGAUGUCGAGGUGGUCGAGAAGAAGAAGGAAGAGCCCACGAGCACGGGUGGAAGCGAGACAAAGCCUUCCGCGGACGCUCCAGUCACCCCAACCACAAACAAUUCCGCGGAUGGGAAAAUUGCCUUCUUUGACAAUGCCUGCGACGCCUUGUUCGGUGACCUUCCGAAAUGCAAUGUUCCCUGGAAACGUGCCGUCAGUCUCAGCCCUAUGCGCGGGCCCCUCAAGGUAUUAGCCAGUGGCUGUUGUGCCAACUCUCGCGUGGUCGUCAUGGACGCCAAGGCUACCAGUGCCACCAGCGAAAUCAACUCCGUCGUCAAACAACUGUCGGGGAUCAUUUUUGUCCGAAGUAUGAAAGACCCGGAUAUCUACAAACUGCAUCAAACUCGCUGGGACAUGGCUCGGGCUCCUCGCACCCCGGUUCUGGCAUUGACUCCCGACGGUUGCAAGCAUUUGUGUGGGCCCAUGCCACCCUGCUACGAAGGCGAUGACGAGUACCCCACUCCCGUAGCGGGUGCUCCCAUCUCGGAGGAUGCCGUCAAGAAGCUGGUGGAGUUUGCACUUUCGGAGGAAGGCGACGAGUACUUUGGUCCGCUCUACCAGGACGUCCCGUCCCAUGCCGUGGCCGAGCAGGCCGUGGUUGACUUUUGUGCCGAAAUGAACGACAAAAACUUUACAGCCAUCAAUGGCGCCGCUGAAGAGACAGAGGAUUCGUUCUCGGAUCAGGAUUUCCGACGCCUGAUGGAAGUUGUCAACAUACUUUCGGUGUCCACCGCCAACUCUGUGGAACGCAACAACCUCGCUGUUCGCCUAGUGAAGUUUCUCCGGAAAAUGUCCAAAAAGACGGCAACCCAAGAUCUAGAGAACAAUGUCAAGUUGCACCAACAUGAAUCCGACCUCAAAAUCUUGAAGGGCUGGACGGGAGAGAAUCUGGAUUGGGCGUUUUCGAAUAAGGAUGUUCUCACCGAGCUUCUGAAGGGUUCCAGUGUGAAGAUUGAGACACAGGAAGGCAUCGAGGUUGACCUGGCUCUUCAGGAGAAGGUGGAUGGUGCCGUCAAAAAGAAGAAGGCAGAGCUUGAACGAACCAUCCGAGCCACAAUGACGGGUACUGCAAACAGCUGGAAAAAGACGUUCAACGCCGUCUUCUUUCCUCCGCUCGAAGCCCUAAUGCGCAGUAUUGGUGAGAAUCCACGCUAUAGGAACUUUUUCCCAAUGAUCACGGGUCCCAACAUGUCGGGGGUUAUUGUCCGUGCCUCCCAGAGCACCAACAAGCAGUCCGUCGCCACCAACCCGGAGGACGUGAUGAAGAUCUUCCACAAGCUGGGUGCAACUGGCUUUGUCAGCUUCACAAUCAACUUCCUGCAGACAUGGAAGACCAAAGUCAUCAACGAAAUCUGCCUGUUGGAUCGUCCAGGACAGGGUUUCAACGACCCCAAAACAUUUGUUCCGUUGGGUAAUCGUCUUGAAGAUGGACCGGCUGAUCCAGCGGCUGCGUAUGAGACGGACGUGCGCCACCAGUUUGUCCUUCCAACUUUUUCACGCCUCCCUAAACUCGAUGACGACAGCGACGAAGAUUAUGAUGACGAUGAUGAGGGCUUCUUGAAGCAGAUGCCUGUUGCCCCUGCUGAGGAUGACCUGGCAGAAUAUUUGCUGAUGCGUAAGGAAUUCAUGCUCCGUGAUCCUGAGGAAGGCACCAAGCAACCGAUGUGGCAGUAUGUGGACUGGUUGUUCCAUCAAAUCAAAGUGAUUCAUCAGGUGCCGGAGAAACAAGCCGCACCAUUGGCUAUGCGGGCCUUGGGAUUCUCCAUCGCGAGGCUGAUGAAGGACAAUCCCAAACCGGACAAGCAGACGAUGGAGAUUGUUUCUUCGAUAAUUCAAGCCAUCAACUUUAUGAGUGCCCGGGGUGAUCCGCUUUCGCACGCUUGCAUCGACACGUUGUUUAACAUGGGCAGUACCUACGUCCCACAGACAAAGGAUAUGGAGCGCAAUCCUUGGCAGAUUGAAGUGAUCAAUAUUCUGAGUGAGGCUGUGGAUUAUGUCCGCCCCCUCAUGUCAGCAAAGGAGUACAUCCAGAUCCGUGCCAACUUCCAACGGGCUGCGGCGAACAUGGUGAAACGCCAGAUUGUUCAAAAACUGCUGGACGAUAUGCAAGAAGAAGUCAAGAAGAACAGGGUGUCUCAGGAGGACUAUGUCGCUCAGGUCAACGCCGAGUUUUACCCUGCUUAUCGCGAAGUCGUCGAGACAAUCAAAAUCCUUCUUGAAGCGGAUGCGUCCACCUUCGAGCUGACGAAUGAACUCCGUGAACGAAUAGGAGUCCUGCACGACACGGUUGUGAUUGUAUGGGCGAAAUCGAUGCGCCGUUGCCGUGUUGGUCCUGUUCGCGAGAUGGUCAAAGUUCUCAAGACCUUCAGCGAUAAGGGGGGCAACAAUGCCAUGGCCUACUUGGUGGACCGCAAGGUGUACCUCCAGAAUCUGUAUGAUCAGGUUUACCAUAUCAAGUACGAAGCAUGUGACCAUGUAUUGAUUGAAGAGGUCUGCAAGAUCAUCAAAGCCAAAACGAGAAACCCUGAGCAUGAGAAACAUGAGAAGUGGCUAUUGCGUGUGGACCAGGCCAUCCAGGAUGUUUCCGGCUAUGAUGAGAAGAUGGAAGGCUUUGCACACGGCAACCAAUACAAAGUGCUUCCAACAGAGCUCAUUUUGCGGAUGCUGCAGAACCUGAAAGCGGAUCCGGUGUCUGACGCGGCCGUGUCUUUCGACGACGUCAAAUCUCUCUUGUCGCAUGUCGGUAUUGUCGUGGAGAAGCCUUCCGAUCUAAAGGUGCUACCAGAUGACCCCGAUGGGCGAAAGACCGUUUUUGAGCAGCUACGCGGUGCCUGGUGGAUGUGUCCGGAAAUGGCCGUCGCAUCUACGGCUCCGGUCAACGCCGACGAAUCAAUCCCUGGGGUGGCCCUGAUUGCAAUGGGUGCUCCAAGCCCCACUUCCAGUAUCGUUGCUACCAUGGGUGACACGUACCACAAAUACAAGGUCGCUCGGCUCUUUUCGGGAAAGCUGCAGCCCAUGCGCAACUUCAUCAAAGACAACUACAAGUUUCAUCUCGAAUGGUUUGAGGAUACAAUUCGUGCGUCGGGACUCCCACAGCACUUUGACCCGACACUGGUGCAGAAGGAUGAAAUGAUGGCCAUCUACGCCGUCGUUCAGCGACUUGUCCACGAGCUGGUCCAGGAUGGCUCUGACCGAGGCGACAGGGCCAGAGACAGGGUCUACGGAGAGAUUAUCGCUCCUGGAACGCCUCUUCCACUGGAGAAUGGCAGCGCUUGA